AUGCCAUACAACACCAGAAGAAAGUCGCUUUCCCUUUCCGAGCUUGGUAUCACCGUCCCGAAACGCUCGCGAGCUUCCUCGCAAUCCCACCCCUCGCCGCCAGCUACGGUUAUCGAUGACGAGCCCGUCACCAAGAAGCCCAAGAGGUCGCACGACUCUCUGUCCCCUCCUCCGGCAUUGAUGAGCCCGCCCAAGACAAAGACUCUUUCUAUCCGAACAGAGCCGCCCUCACGACUGGCCGAACACACCCCUCCACCAUCACCCGGAACUCAGACAGUGCACACAGUCGAUACUGAGGGUAUCAGCGACGAUGUCGUUGUCGCAACCAUCAAGCAGCUGGAGAAGACAGGAAACAGACCGCAUCUGGUCAAGGAAUUGGCUGCAGUCUUGUGCCACUGCAUAGGCGCGGUGGAGAAGUCUGCCAACCCUGCCAACCUCAUUUCCUCGCGUCUCACCAGCUACCUCAACCGCACCUGGCCAGCCAUCAGCCCUUGUCCGCUGGCCAAGUACCAGUCUCAAGUACAUCCCCGCCCAUUGUACUAUUUUUUGACUACUCAACCCCACCAACCUAUUCCUGAACUUUCGCAAUCCCACGACAUUCAAGCCGCCCGUCGCAUCAUUACUCCCGCUCUCUCCUCGGCAGCCGACGAUGAAGACGAGAAGUACAGCAGGUCACGCGCCUCGCUCUCUCCCGAAGUCGACCUGUCUAGCCCCGAACUCGACGAGCCACCGCACGGUGACAUUGGCUCCACAUUCCACCCUCGCCAUUCGCUCUCGCGCGAUCAUCCUCCAACCACCUCUAACUUGGCUCACAACCGCCGUGCCGAUAGCCCCCCUCUCGAGCGCGAAGAACGUGACUUCAAGCAGACCGCAAAUGCCUUGCAAGAGCUUCGUCGCGCAAGCCAGGAAGUCGUUACCAAGCCCAUCAAGGUCGAGGCUUCCGAGACUAUUGCCAUGUCGGUCGAGUCGGACGAUCAUGACGUUCAAACCACGGAUGACCUCUUUGAUGGCCACGACCACCUUUCCUCAUCUGUGAGCACUCUGUACGACUUGAGCAGCCCGGUCCUGAGACCCCAGGGCUUCUACGACCUCAAGACACAGCAAGCUCAGGAUUGGAACACCGAAAAGAGAGAUUCCAUUGAUGCAAUGUCUCUGGAUGAUCAGGACGAUGAUGCCAUGGACAUGUGGAACGACUUCCGCAGCCCCGAGAACAUUGAUCUUGACGAGCUUGAAUGCCUCUUGGACGCCUACUAG